GUUCAUAUUCCAACUGAACUCACUCAAGUUGAGAGGAAUGUUGGAGAAAGCUAAAUCCACAGAAUCUCUUCAGUAGAAUCCAGAGAAUCGGCAGAAACAGCAUUUAACUGUUAAACAAUACACAUUUAAAUGGUAUAACUAAUUUGGACCAUGUUCUGCUCGCCGAGUUGGCCGAGCCUAACAAAUGCUGCCAUUUAUACUUCAUUAUCAUUUUCCCUCUCUUUAUCACUUGCUUUUACGUUAUUAAUAUCUGUCCACAGUUUGACCGAAAGUGAUUUACCCUUAAUAUCACCGCCAUUAUCAUCUUUACCAUUAAUAUCUUCAAUAUCCAGUUCAUCUUUAAUAUCACCCUCACCAUCAUCACCGUCAUCAUCACCAUCUUCACCAACAACAACGGUAACAACUACAGCAACAAUAUCGGUGCCUAGUCUUUUAUCAACCUUUGAUGAGUUAAUUGUUGACCCAGGUAAAAGUGUAUCCCUUAAAUGUGAAGCCACAGGAUCACCUAUGCCUACAAUAACCUGGAAACAAGAUGGUUUACCCAUUAUCAACAAUGAAAGGUUUCGUCUUGCUGAUUUUGUUGUUACCUCGCCACAACGUAGAUUAAUCAGUUAUGUUAAUAUUAGCUCAAUAAGUGUUCCCGAUGGUGGUUUUUAUACAUGUGUAGCUGCCAAUAGGGUUGCUAGUGCCUCCCACAGUGCUCGUAUUCAUGUUAAAGGUGAUCCCUAUGUUAAACCCAUUAAGGAUAUACAUGUUACCCUAGGUUCAACAGUUAUUGUAAAUUGUCCCUACUCAGGUUAUCCAAUUGACUCCAUUUUCUGGUCAAAGGGUCCAACUCGUUUACCAAGCAAUAGAAGACAAGAAAUAUUUUCAAAUGGUUCCUUGGUUAUUCAUGAUGUUCAAAAAUCGGUCGACGAUGGCUCAUACACAUGCCAAGCUUCCAAUGGAAUUAAAACUUCUGCUCAAAAAAUUAAUAUAAUUAUUACCGCUGGCCCCAUGAUUGAUCCAUUUAAAUUCCCUGAAAGCAUUCAAGAAGGAAUGAGAGCUCGUCUAGUUUGUACAGUAAUACAGGGUGAUCCACCAUUUGUCUUCCAAUGGUUUAAAAAUGAUGAGCUGAUUGAAUCUCCAAUAAACAACAUUGGCAUUCGAACGGACGAAUUUUCUUCCGACCUAACCUUUGCUCGAGUCUCUCCUCGUCACAACGGCAACUACACUUGUAUAGUUAGCAAUUCAGUGGCAUCUGAUUCACACACGGCACUACUCAAUGUUGAUGUUCCACCUUAUUGGAAAGUUGAACCUGUUGAUGUAUCAGUUGUUUCUGGACAAAAUAUCAUGAUUGAUUGUCUAGCUGAAGGUUCACCUCAACCAAUAAUAACAUGGGAAAGAGGUUCAACAUUACCUCGAACUUUUACAACUAUAGCAAGUGGUUCACAUUUUGAGGUUUACGCAAAUGGCUCGUUAUUGAUUAAAACAGUUGAACCUGACGAUGGUGGACUUUAUUUGUGCCAAGCAAGCAACUCAAUUGGACCUGGAUUGAGUAAAGUUGUUACUCUAACUGUUCACACUCAUCCUCAAUUUGUGACUAAAUUUCGCAGUGAAACGGUUCGACUUUCCGAUGAUAUUGAACUCUCUUGUGAUGCUCGUGGUGAUAGUCCAAUGACCAUUGAAUGGCUUCAUGAUAAGCAACCUUUAGAGAAAGAUGUUCGCUUUACAAUUCGCAAUCAAACUUGGCCUAAACGUCUUGUUUCCAGUUUAAGGAUUGAAUCAGCUCGUCGAAGGGAUUCAGCUCUAUUUACGUGCCUUGUUAGUAAUUCAUAUGGUAAAGAUGAGACAAAUAUUAGGUUAAUUGUUCAGGAACCUCCUGAAUCACCUAAAGAUUUAAGAGUUUUAGAGCAACGAUCGCGUGAAGCUAAAUUAACUUGGAGUCAAUCUUUUAAUGGCAACAGUGAAAUUAAUCGCUUCUGGAUAACUUGCCAUCCUAAAGAUUAUUCAUCCGGUGAAUUUUCAUCAUUUGGACAUCUCAAUAUGUCGGUGGAUAAUUUAUCAAUUGAAGAAGGUCCUAUUUAUAUUGUUCGUGAUUUAAGGCCUGCAACUACUUAUGUUUGUUCAGUUAAAUCUGAAAAUGAUGUUGGAUUGAGUAAAUCAAGCAACACGGUUGAAUUUAAAACUGAAGAACAGGCUCCAGAAGGACCGCCAUUAAAUUUAAAAGCAAAACCAAAUGAUUCAAGAUCAGUUAAAGUAACUUGGAAUCCUCCAGCUCGUAAGCUUUGGAAUGGUAAACUUAAAGGUUAUUAUAUUGGAUACAAAAUUUCUGGCUCAGAUGAACAAUAUCUUUACAAAACUCUGGAGAUUGUCAAGGAAGAUGAAAGAUUGAAUGAGGUUACAUUGAGCUCAUUAAAACCUUUUACAAGCUACGAUAUAAUUGUUCAAGUUUACAAUUCAAUGGGAACUGGACCAAGAUCGGAUCCAAUCACUGUAACAACCUUUGAAGAUGUGCCUAGUAAAGAACCUAAUUCUGUGAGCUGCUCAAUCAUCUCUUCUGAAAGCAUAUCUGUGACUUGGGAAUCGCCACCAAUAUCUACAAUUAAUGGGGUUCUUCUUGGCUAUAAAGUUAUCUACCGACCUCUUGGAGGUGAUGUUUCUCGGAUGAAAAAAGAAACUACAAUUGAGAAUGAAAUUGUUUUGAAAAAUCUACUCAAACAUACCAACUAUUCAAUCGAAGUUGUUCCUUAUACUCGUAAAGGUGAAGGAAUUGCAUCCAGAGUUACUUAUUGUCGAACAGCUGAUGACGUUCCUGGUCCUCCAGCUGCGAUUAAAGUGAUUAUUUCGUCUGCGGAUAGUGUGAUUGUUACCUGGAAAGAUCCUAUUGAUCGUAACGGUGUGAUAACUAAAUACGCUGUUUAUUGGCGUGAGCUUAACAACAACCGAACCAAAUCAUCAGUUACAGUUCCUAAAAGUCGAACUUUGGCUUUAUUAUCUUCCCGUUAUCGAUGGCCAGAGCCUUCACCUCAAUACAAAAUAACCAGUUUGAAAGGAUUUUCCGCCUAUGAAAUAUGGGUUACAGCUUUCACCAGAAAAGGUGAAGGAGAAUCAACACCAAGGGUGACACAAAUUCCUAUUGAAAAUGUUCCAGCAAGAAUUUUGGAAUGGAAUGAAACAUUUAUUAUUAAUGGCGCUGAAGUAACACCAAUAGUCUUGGGCUGUCACUCUGUUGGUGCAGAACCGUUUCAAAGGACGUGGUCUAGAGACAACAGUGAGGAAAAUCUUAAUAUUGAAGCUGAUGGAAGUUUGUUGAUUCAAGAAAUUCCUGAAGAAUCUAGCAACUAUACCUGUUAUGUUUCCAAUGAAUUUGGAAAUGAUUUUGUUGUUUAUCAUCUGGAUCGAGAGAGUGUAUCAGCAACGGAUAAAAAUUUGAAAGUGCAAGUAAUCUCGACCAGUCACACUUCUGCUCAGAUAUCAUUUUAUCGUGAAUCGAUAACGAAUGUAGACUCAACCAGAGAUUUUGAGCUUAAUUAUCGAAUAAUUGGUUGGAAUGUUCAUGAUUGGCAGAUAAAACCUAUUUUUCGUGUUCCCCCUGGAAAUCAUACAGUUUUACUUGAUAAUCUGUUAUGUGGAACUUUGUACAAAUUAUUUAUGACUGAUUUAACAACCGGAGCCAAAAGUGAUACUCUUACUUUCCAAACUCAAGGUUCAGCUCCAAUUGCACCUAAGAAAGAGGAUAUUAUCAAGGUUGUUGGUAAUUCAUCAAUAUACAUUUAUCCAAGUGUAUGGGAUCAAACUCUUGGUUGUCCAAUUACCAAGAUGCUCAUUGAAUAUCGAUCAUCCACCCAUCAUACCUGGAAAAUGGUGUCAACUCCUAGUCUUCCCAAUCCUGAACCCAUUCAUAUUCCUAACCUGACGCCAAAGUCAACCUAUUCUAUUCGUAUAACUGCUCAAACUAGAGGGUCACCUUCAACCAUGGCAGAAUAUGAUGUAAGACUUGGUUUGGAGGAUAAAGAGUUAUUCACUCUUGGGUCUAGCUUUCAGAGAGGUUUAAUUGUAGAUACAACAACUUUAAUAUCAUUUCUUUCAUCGCUCGUGGUCUUAGUUACUGGAUGUUUUGCUAUUGCUUGUUUAAUCAUCUACAGGAGACAUACAACUCUAUCUGGUAAGCCUAGAGCAUCUCAUUAUCGUAGGCAAAGCUCAACCAGUUGUGCUCCUAGCUCAAAUGAAGGUGAUGGUACCAGUGAUAAGCGAUCCUCUGCAUUACGUUCUGAUCAAACGAGUACUGAUUUAUUAAUCAAGAAGAAUCAAUCCUUAGCAAGUAUCCAAUCUUCCAAAGAAAGCUCAGUUAUUGCAUCCAAGAAAGUUCCUGCGUUGAAAUCUAUGCGAAGUAAUGCCUCCAACAAUUCUAUCAGUGCCGGAGCAAAUUCAAACAUUUCAGGUUCUGGAACUGGUCUAAGUGGCGCCGGUGGAGUUUUGGGAGCAAGUAGCGUCAAUAAUUCUAGUGGUAAACUCGAUCCUUCCAGAGGCCCUCCAUAUCCGUCUAAAUCACCCAUUCGUGGUAGAUUACCACAGGUUCGAAUACCAACCAAACAAUUGGAGGAGAUUGAAAAAGAUCUAUCAAAUGAAUAUGAUGAAAUUACACCUUAUGCUACGUUUCGUCUUACUGGUGAUGAUGAUGGUAACCCCGAGGAAGAGUUUAAAACCUUUAGUGUACACAUUGGUGAACCAGGUUACAUGUACAAAGCAAAUGUUGACGCUGCUCCGACUACUUCUCGUGAUUAUAAAACUUGUGGAAGCAGUAAAAGUCGAGAUUAUUUGUUUGGUGUUAUGCCGGCACAAAGUGUCACUUCAGGAUCAUCAGCGCAAGAUGAGCUACUUUAUGCCUAUGAAUAUGGUCGAAGGUACCAGCUUAAUCAUCCUGGUGUAAUGUAUUACGAUGAUGAAGAGGAUCAAGAUGAUACUUUGGAUGAUACUCCGACUGAUCCUGGAAUCCGACAAUUCACCAAAUCACCUCCCAAACCAAAUGAGAAACGCCAAGCUGCUUGUUUAACACCAGGAUUAGGUUCGAGUGAUUCUUCUGAUGGAACAGGUGGAGAAGGAGAAGAUGUUUCAAGUGAUUCUUGUUCAUCAGCUGAUUCAAGUUGCGUUACCCCAAUCAAUCCUGUUCAUUUGAUGCACGCCUAUCGUGAUUCAAAUUUUAGACCAUCAUCAUUUAAUCAGCUUCCUGAUAAAUUUGAUAAAAAGGUUUCAACACCAACAGCAGAGGAACAAGGUUCCUUUAAAAUUGGUCUUUCCAGUGAUGAAGAUGAGUUACCUGUUGUCAAACGAGUCAAUAAAAGACAACAAUUAUCAUCAGUUGCUUCUGCAUCAUCAACUCCUGUUGUUGGAUCCACAUCCACUCCGCAAGCACCAGUAUUACCAAGGCACCGAAGUUCAGGUCGACCUCACCGAAUACGUAACAAGAGGCAAUUGCGUUCUAAAUCCAAAUCAGAUGAAAUCGAAUGUUAAAAAAUUGAACAAAUCACAAAAUUGGAGUCAAACAAUGAUUAGUGCCUUUAUUCGUGAGAAAUUUUACAAUGCUCAAUGGUUUUAUUUUAUGACUCAACAGCCUCAGUUCAAGGAAGCUUCUUAUUAAGGUGUUAUCUUCAAGAACUUAAUUGGAAUUUCUAUUUGAUAACAAAAUGGCUUACAAUUUCAAUGGAGGUUCAUUCACUGGUAACUCAAGAUAAUUGAUGUAAUUCAAUAAAAUUGUUGGCUGAUUGGAUUGUGUACUUCACGGAGACAAAAUCAACAACGAAUAAAUGAUGAACUUACGACAAAAAGCUAAUUGGUGUUGCCAUCAUUAAAUAAAAGCAUCAGACAUCAAUUUUUAAAUUGAACCAAUAAACACUGCAUUUAUAAUUGACCUCGUUACUUUAAUUAUCCGGAAAGAUGCCUGUUAAUAAAGGAGCAAAUCUUCAACUUUUUACCUUGAGCAAUUAUGAUUAUUGCUUUUCUUCUCUCAACUAUUUAUAAACUAAAUUCACAGCAAAAUUCUUAGUGGGUUUCGUUAUUUAAUGCGAGUCACCACCUUUCAAUCUGAUUCUGUUGAUCAAUAUCAAAGACUUUUUCAUUUUUCACUAUUCAUCAAUGUUUUUGUAUAUUUGAGCAAUUUCAUUUUUCUGUAUUAACGGUUCAAUCAAUUGAUACCCUCCUUUCAUCUAGUCAAACCAAUUGUUUCAGUUUAUUAAUUUUCUUGUUUCUCUUUGAAUCUCAACUCCUAAUUUUAUCAAAUUGAUUUCAGGGCUUCUCAAAAUUUGUAAAUUCCAUGAUUUAUCAACGAAAAAUGAUUUUCUUGUAUAAAAUUUCCUUUGUCAGCCAAAAUUUUGUCCUUUUUUGUAUUGAAAAUUAAUUGUAAAUUUUUACUGUAACUCGACUAUUUAUUAAUAUGAUUGAAAUGGUUAUGAACAUAGACGACUAAUACAGAUGAAUAAUUGACUGUGUUAAAUUGUGUUUAAAAGAUAAAAUUGAAUUAAACAACGUUUUUACUUUAA